AUGGCGUCAGGGGCUGUUCCAACCGUCCCUGUGCUGGCGCGGGGGGCGGGGCACCCCGCCUCACCAUCCCUAGGCUGGUCUUUCCCCACCGGCGCACUACCGAACAUCUGCUGCUCAUUCGACCAACCAGACUAUUCCCCGCCGCCGCCGCCCCCACUGCCGCCCUGCUCAUCACCCGCGUGUUCCGCCGACCCCAUCGUCUCGGAAUCCAUGGUGCUGUGGGCUGUGGUGGCGGUGGCGGCACCGCCCCCUUCCUUCUCCGGAGGGGCGCCGCGGGCCAUGGUGGCGGUGGCGGUGCUGCCCCCUUCCUUCUCUGGAGGGGCGCCGCGGGCCGUGGUGGUGGUGGCAGUGCCACCGCCGCUACCGGCACCCCCUUCUGACGUGAUGGACCAUUGCCAGGAUUGCCAGGAUUGUAUAAAGUACCACUGCCGGUCCCCGGCCAUGGUACUGCCUCAUCCCACCCUUCCCAUCUGCUCCUUGAACAGCACAUGGCUGUUAACCUUCUUCACCAUUUAA